AAGCGCGACAGCCGUUGGGUCAUAAGUCUAUAGGGCAGGGUGUUCACGUGGCCAACUUUCACGACCCAGAGUUCCCCUGACCAGAGGUUUUUUUUUUUCCUUUUUUUUUCCUGCAGGGAGGCAUUAUGGGUUUUUUUUUUCCACUGGGAAAGGAAGUGUCUACGUGGCCUGCGGAAACAGGAUGGGCGGAAAUGAGCUAAGGUUCCCGCGAGUGGGGAAGCGCGAGGUCAAAUCUGGGGCCACGCCCCCAAGCCUCUUGCGCAACUAUCGGAGGAGUGAAAUCUUCGGCUCUCCGAGAAAUAACCUGAAGUGAAAUGCCCCCUUGUGGGAUGAUGCCAACUAUCUCCUCAGUUUGCCCAGGACUGAGGGCUUCCGGAGACACUGGACUUUCAGUAAAAAAUAGAAGGGCUCUUCUCAGACUGAAAACUGACUUCUCUAACUGGAACAGCAGGGCCCAGGGUGAUCACUUUACUGUAGGAGAAAUGGGGUUAGCAGACAAGAGUGAGGGAGAAGAACAGCUCAUGCCCAACAACUCUGAUGAACCCAAUGAAGAUCAAGGCGAAGAAAUCCAACAGCCAGAAGAGCGUAUUCCAGCAGGGCAGCGAACACAAAGAGCAGGCACACGGCCAUCCAGAUGUCGAUUGCCUUCACGUAGGACACCUGCAACAUCCGCCAAUGGAGCAGUCAGCCGCCUUGGAGUCCUCCCAUGGCCCAUCCAGUGGGUUGCCAGCCCAUAUCAACUGCCUGCUGUUCUUCAGUUUUAUCCUGAAUUUCUUCUGGUUUUUAAAGAAGCUUUUCAUGAUAUGUCCCAUUGUCUGAGGGCCUAUGCCAAAGAGAUCGGGCUACCCACCAUCCUUCUCUCUGCACUCUCCACCCUCCACUUCUAUCUGCCUUUCCUCCCUCCACUUCUUUUCCUUUCUUUCUUCCUUCCUUCAGGACUUCUGCUUCUGCUUAUUAUUCUUUUCAUUCUUCUUCUGAUUCUUUUCUUUCAGUAAACAGCAAUGAACAUGAA